AUGGAUUCUUCCCUUCUUCCCUCAGCUUUUCCUCCGCUUGCCUCGUCUUCUGGGAUCGGGGCACGUUCUACUCCGAAAGACUGGUCUCAGGUUUUUGUUUCUGGCAACUCUACUCUGAAUUCCAUCAAAUUUUCUCAUUUUCCGGAAGAGCCAGAUGUGAUUCCUUUUUCGGGAGACAAGCUUCAGCAAGGUGGGGAGGAUUGGAAACUUUGCUUGGUUGGUUAUUCGAUAGGGAGACGGCCCUAUUAUGAAGCGCUUUUGGGAGCCAUCAAAAAAACUUGGAGCUUAAAAGGGUCUGUUCAGCUUCUUUCUCUGAGCGAUGGCUUUUUUCUCCUGAGAUUCUCCUGCUGUGAAGAUUUCGACAUGGUUUGGUCGAGAGGUGUUUGGUUCCUGUUAGGUAAACCUUUUGUGUUACAGAAAUGGCAUCCGAAAUUUACUCCUAUGAAGGAGGACUUUUCCUCUGUUCCUAUCUGGGUGAAAAUUCACAACUUGCCGCUUGCUUGCUGGAAUUCUGAGGGUAUGUCGAGGAUUGCGAGCAAAAUAGGUAUCCCGCUUGCUGCUGAUAAUUUGACUGAACAAAAGACGCGUCUUACUUUUGCUCGCAUCUGUGUUCUUGUGGAUCGUAAUGCUACUUACCCAGAAGAGAUCAAGGUGUCGCUGGAUGGUGAUGUUGUCUGCUUAAAAGUUCAAUACGAAUGGAGACCAUCGCCCUGUGAGCACUGUAAGUCUUUAAUGCAUUAUUCAUCAUCUUGUCCCUCUCAGCCCGACAAGGAAAAUAAUGAAAAAGACAAGAUGGCUACUAACUUUCGGGGUAGAAGCAACAGCAGAAAACCUCGUAAGCGUUCUUUUUCUAAUAAUAACAGAGUCUCUAGGCCACCUGUUCACACUAUUGCAAAGCCGAUCAUCCCUGAAUCUGCAGCUGUUACUACUGAUAUCCAUGAUCCUCCCAGUUCGAAUCUGGUUGCCUCCAUCCAGAUUCCUAAUGCCCAGGGAAUCCCUCUGCUUUAUCAACCUCAUUCCCCCUCGGCCUCCCCCUCUGGUUUUCCGAAAUCCCAAAGGACCCAAAUAGCUGAAAAUCCUGUGGGGAAUGAUAUCCCCAAUCUAAAUUCCAUAUGCGAAGAAGCUUCUUCUUCCUCUAGCCUACUGUUUGUCAAGCCCUCCUCUCUUCAGCCAGAAAUUACCUCUCCCAACAAGUUUGAUGCAUUAAACAUUGAGGAGGAUUCUUGUUCACAAUUGGAUCCUAUUUUGGACUCUAACAGUGAUAGACAGAAUGAGGACUUUGAGGAGGUUAAGUCUAAAAACAGUAAAGCCUCUCAGAAAAGUAAAGUGCCAAAUUCUGGUGCUGUUUCGAAAAAAUCUGCUAAGGGGAAGCAGGUCAAAAAACCCCAACACCUCUCAAAUUCUUAA